GGAGCUGCCGCUCGCGACUUGGUCGCGAAAGGCUAUGUGGUAUUCACAGCAAGCACCCAGUGGGACCCCGAGGCAAAGGGAAGGAAGGGAGGGAAGAAAAUGAUACCUCCACGAAAUUGGCCGGCCUCUACCUUAGCAAAUUGCCUGACCGACCACUACUUCCAGCCCUACCAAAACACGCUGCUGAUCAACACGGCAGCGUCCGGCAUUGUCGUGCUUGACUUUGACGUCAGUGACGGAGGCAUGGAGCAGCUGGAUAUCUGGGAGACCGAGCACGGCGCUUUUGAUGCUCCUCGAGUGCGCACGGGCAGCGGGGGAGUGCACUUUUACUUCUCUCAUCAAAGAAGCCUCGAGUCGGGGCUGGGCGAGGAGACACCGACCCACUUUGCAAAGCUGGAGCUGAGGGUCCGAGAUCCGGUGUCUGGAAAGGAAGUUUUGAAGAAGGUGGGAGUCGACAUGAGGGGCGUCAGCUCGAACGGCAUGAUCGCUUGCCCGCCGUCAUCGUAUGAGCGACUCGGUGAGACGGCGCGGUAUACGGUUGAUGGUGGAGGCGAGCUUCCCCCGGCACACAAUCUGCCUCCUCUUCCACAUUGGUUGAUCGAGAUUCUGAACGAGCGAGCGUCGAGGGGGUCCGGAGAGCGCUCGAGAGGGCCAUCAGAGAUUUCCAGCGGGGCCGGGCCUAGCGCAAGGGCUAGUGCAGGAUUCGGGGCGCCGGACCUGACAGAUCUCGGGCUGCAGCAGGAAGUGGUCGAGGUGAUGCGAGGCAUGCUCAGCAGUUUCGGCGACAACUCCUCCGUCUUCUCAAAGGCGGAGCCGAGCACAAUUGCUGGUCUCGGCGCGGUGAUGUACCACUGGCGGAAUGAUGCGGGGGGGCGAGUUUGUCCGUAUGCGGAGGACGGAGCACAGCCGCACAGCAGCAACAACUUUGGUCUUCUCAGAAGAGGGACGGAGAUCACAUAUGUGUGCCACAGCCAGCGAUGCAAGAUCGGCGAUGGCUGCCGGAACAAAACGCUCGGGCGUCUCAUGUUUCCGGUGGCCGCAGCUUUCUCGGAUGCUUCCCCGCUGAAUAGCGACCGGGACCGAUUGUACAAGAAUCGAGAAUUGCUUCCCCUCUGGUUUUUGCGGCAGAACCUCUCUGUUUCGGCAGGUGAUGAAGGAGGGGCGCUGAUCAUCGACCGCUUGCAGACGUACGCGGGCCGCAAUCUCGUCUUCUGCAACGAAAAGUGGUUCUAUUGGAACGGGUCGGUUUGGGUGGUGGACGUGGCUGGACGAAUUGCGAGCCAAAUCUGCCGCGGGGAGCUCAACAAGAUCAGUAAGGCGUACAAGAAGGAGACUGCAUCUGAUGCCGAAGGCGAGGGUUCGCAAGCGGAGGAGGAGAAAAAGUCUAGGAAGGAGAAACUCGUGAACUUCAACUUCAACGCCAAGAUGAGCCAGAUCAUGACGACUCUGAAAGGUUACUGCCAGGAGCCCGCAUUCGAGGACGCAUUGAACACCAACAGAGAUGCGCUCCCUCUACAGAAUGGCGUCAUACUGCUGCAGAGCGGGAUUUUGAUGGCACACCAUCCGAAGUAUUUGUGGUCUUUCAAGCUUCCCGUCUGGUGGCCGUCGGCCGGGCUUGCCACGCCCCUGGGCAGGACGGGCGAGUUUCUCCGUGAGAUCACGCACACCUCGGAGGCGUUAGCUUAUCUCCAACGCAUCCUUGGAUACGGCAUUACUGGGCACACGUCCAAUCAGGUCAUGCUGACGAUGAUUGGGGAAGGCGGAGCGGGGAAGAGCCUUCUGCUGGCUCUGCUGAAGCGUGUGAUUGGUCCCUUCUACAAAGACGUCUCAAAGGACAUGCUCGUGACGUCCAAGGGGCAACGGCCGCUAGGUAAAGGUGCUGCAAAUCCAGCGGAAGCAGGUUUACGAGGCAUUCGGAUAGCGGUGUGCGCGGAGUCGGAAGAUACGGAUGAAUUCUCGGAGGCCAACCUGAAGAGGCUGACCGGAGAGGCGACUAUCACGAGUAGAGCGCUCUACUCGGAUUACGUCACGUUUGCCACAACUCAGCUGCACAUUCUCUGCUCAAACUACCCUCCCCGAGUGAAGACCUGGACGACAGCGCUUAAACGACGUCUUUUGACGCUGGUGUUCCCAAUGCGGUUCUUCUAUCCGGACGAAGCAGGCUACAACCCCGACAACCCAUUCCAUGGGAUCCGCGACCUCGAACUGGAAGACGUCUUAAAGGCCGAGCCCGAGAAGCUGUUGGUGUUCUUGGUGCAAGGCUCCAAGGACUGGUACGCAAGUGGAAAGAGGCUCCUCGACAUGCCGGAGAGCAGCAGGACGUACAUGCAGUCAUGGGAGCAGGAAAACGAUCCGUUUGCAGCUUUCCUUUAG